AUGGCUGCAACAAUCCUCAUCACAGGUGCCACCGGCCUCGUCGGCUUCCGCAUCCUCCUAGCCGCUCUCGCCGCCGGCCACAACGUGCGCUACACAGUCCGGAAUGACCCCCAGACGGUCUCUUCAAACCCAGCAGUCAAGAGCCUAGCACCUAGCGACCGCCUCUCUGCUGUUGUCAUUCCCGACUUCACUGCUGAGGGAGCCUUCGACCCUGCGCUGGACGGCGUUACCCAUAUUAUCCACGCAGGCUCGCCUGUACCUGUGCCUACCUACGAUCCCUCCCCCCAAGUUUAUGAACCUACCGUGAAGAUCGCGUCCAACCUGCUCGCGUCUGCACUCAAGACUCCCAGCCUUCAACGGGUGGUGAUCACAUCGUCUUACGUGGUGAACCUCGGCCUCCCCGUCCCACCAACAGCUGCCACCUACGACAUCACCCCCGCCGUGCCUUCCGCUGCCACGCGGGUCCCGCUGCCCAGCCCUUUCCCGGAAGUCUUCAGCGGCGUCUUGGAAGCCUACAUACUAGCCAAGAUGGUCGAGCUGGACAACUCGGACAAGUUGAUUCAGACCCGGAGCCCUCACUUCACGAUCGCUCACGUGAUUCCCGGCUACAUCUUCGGCCGCAACGAGCCGGCCCUCGACGCCGGUAUGAUGCAGGCGCAGAACAGCUCCAACAACUUCCUCAUGAUGGGCAUGGUUGGCGGCGAGCUGCCGUUUCCCAUCCACGGCGGCUUCGUCCAUCUCGACGACGUCGCUGAUAUCCAUAUGCGUGUGGCGUUCCCACCCGAACCCGCGGAGGCGGCAGAUGGGAUUGCGGACUUUGGUGUCGCUACCCCGGUGGACUAUGCGACGAUAUUCGACAUUGUCGAGCGGGCAUUCCCGAAAGCUGUUGCGGCGGGGGUAUUCAAACGGGGCAAGGUGCCAACGUUAUCCGUCGAAUACGCGAGUAACGUGCGAGAGCUCCUGGGCAGGGAGCUGAAGAGCUUUGAGAGCGCCGUGGUGGACGUGGCUGGCCAGUAUCUGGAGAAGUUGGGCAUGGAGAAGGCGUGA